UUCCGGUUUAGGGCGCGUACGCUCCUGCCGCCGGCGUAGAAGUAGGCUUUGGGGGCUCGUUGGUGGCGGACUUCGCUCCCCCUCCUCCUCCUUGUUUGGUGUAAACAUGGUGGCGGCUGCCGCUGAGUGAGUGAUGGAGGCGGCCUGCUGUUCUGCCCCAAACCGCAGUCUUCUUUUUCCUUGACGGCAUGAUCUGCCUUUUGACUCCAUCACAUUCUAGCCAUCCUGGGACUUUUUCCACUAGAAGAAGAUACUAUGGAUCAUGAGGCCCCUACUAUCAGGCCUCGUCGGAUCCAGAACCAGAAUGUCAUCUACCGUCUAGAACGUCGAAGGAUCACCUCUGGCAAGACUGGCACUCACUGGCACCAGGUCCGCAUCUUCCACCAAAAUGUCUUCCCCAAUUUUACAGUGGUCAAUGUUGAAAAACCACCCUGCUUCUUACGGAAGUUCUCCCCUGAUGGAAGGUACUUCAUUGCCUUUUCUUCAGAUCAGACUUCAUUGGAGAUCUAUGAGUAUCAAGGGUGUCAAGCAGCAGAGGACCUCCUCCAAGGCUACGAGGGGGAGAUAUUGGCUAAUGGCAAUGACCAGCGAUCCAUCAACAUCCGCGGGCGACUCUUUGAACGUUUCUUUGUCCUCCUUCACAUUACCAACGUAGCCUCUAAUGGUGAGCACUUGAACCGUGAAUGUAGCUUGUUCACAGAUGAUUGCCGCUAUGUCAUUGUUGGCUCUGCUGCCUAUCUUCCUGAGGAGCCUCACCCUCCCUUUUUUGAGGUUUACCGUAACAGUGAAUCAGUGACACCUAACCCCAGGUCUCCUUUGGAAGACUACUCUUUGCACAUCAUAGACCUUCACACAGGCAGGCUGUGUGAUACCAGGACGUUCAAAUGCGAUAAAGUCAUCUUGUCCCACAACCAAGGGCUCUAUCUGUAUAAAAAUAUCCUGGCCAUCCUGUCUGUACAGCAGCAAACCAUUCACGUCUUUCAGGUAACACCUGAGGGCACCUUCAUUGACGUACGGACGAUAGGCCGCUUUUGCUACGAGGAUGACCUCCUCACACUCUCUGCUGUCUAUCCGGAGGUCCAGCGGGAUUCUCAGACAGGCAUGGCGAACCCAUACAAAGAACCGUUCAUAAAUUCUCUGAAGCACAGGCUGCUGGUCUACUUAUGGCGAAGGGCAGAGCAGGAUGGGAGUGCUAUGGCUAAAAGGAGGUUCUUCCAGUAUUUUGACCAGCUGAGGCAGCUGCGCAUGUGGAAGAUGCAGCUCUUGGAUGAGAACCAUCUCUUCAUCAAAUACACAAGUGAAGACGUGGUCACGUUACGGGUGACAGACCCUUCACAGCCUUCUUUUUUUGUCGUGUACAACAUGGUGACCACCGAGGUGAUCGCUGUAUUUGAGAACACAUCAGAUGAGCUGCUAGAACUCUUUGAAAACUUCUGUGACCUGUUCCGGAACGCCACGCUGCACAGUGAGGCGGUUCAGUUCCCAUGCUCAGCCUCUAGCAACAACUUUGCCAGGCAGAUCCAACGCCGCUCAGGAAUUGUCACGCAAAACACAGUAACGUUGCCACAGAUAUUGCCACAGACACCCACGCUAUAGGAGCCUCUUGACUGGAUUAUUGUAACAUGCUCUGCCUGCACCUGCCCUUGAAGAUGGUCUGGAAACUUCAGAUUGUUCAGAAUGCAGCUGCCAGGCUGUUGAGUGGCACAGCCAAUUGGGACCACACAGCACUGGUUUUGAAGGGACUGAACUGGUUGUCUAUAAGUUUCUGAGCCUAGUUCCAAGUGUUAACAUUAACUUAUGAACCCCCCUGGCCCCAAACGACUUGGGGCCCAAAUACCUUUCUCUGUACCAGCCUGGCCAUCCUUUAAGAUUGGCAAGGAAGGCUGCCCCUGUGGUUCCACUGCCAGGUGAAGCUUAUGGUGCAGUGGUGUGAGAAAGAGUCUUCUCUGUGGUGGCGUCCUAUCCCUGGAAUUCCCUUUCCAUGAAGAUGCAUCUGGCUCAGACGUUACUUGGGUUUUGAUGCCCGUUUAAGAAGCAUAUUUUACUAAGGCUUUUGCAUGAGGUGAGGUAAUGUGACCUGUUGCCGAUUGCAUGGUUCACCUCCUGUAUUAUGCAUUGUACUUAAACAGUUUUAAGAGGUUUGUUUUGUGUUUAGAAUUGCUUUAUGGUAAUUGGUUAGCACGAUUGGUGUUGACCAGUUUUGCUAUUUUCUUGUAUUUCUGUAAAUCGGGGGGGGAUUAAUAAAAUCAGCUAACAGAGCUUGCACAAAGAUCAGAUCAAAGGGAAUUAAUUAUGGCUGCCAUCCAGAAGUAAGCUUCAUUGGGUUCAAUAGGACUUACUCCCAGAUAAGUGUGUAUUGGAUUGCAGCCUGAGACUCCCAUUUUACAAGUGGGGAACACUGAGGCUAAGCAAUUAGCAAACUGUCAGCCAUGCCACAGAUAGAUAGAUUUUUAAUUUUCAAGUCCACUUACCAUUCUUCAACUACUAGGAGUAAGAAGCCCUUGCUGACCUACUGUAGAUCACCCAGAGGACCAGUAGAUCCCAGUCUGUUUCUUGCCAGCCGCUGCUCCAACCACAGCACCACACUGGCCCUUUGUUUGACUUGGGAUGAAGGCAAAGGAGGUGCAUCAAAGGCUUCAUGGAAGAGAGAUGGUUUGGGUUGGGAUUCUAAAUAAGAGAGGUGGGCGACAUGAAAGGGAGAAAGAUCCAAACAUAAGGCGCAGCAAAACCAAUACAGUAUUGAUUAUUUGCGAGUUGUGCACUUGAGUCCACUGAAGAGAGCCUGGAGAUCUCUUCUAUCUCCAAGGCAAGAAAACCAGUUUAGUCUGUAUACCAGAAGGAAUUUUCCAGGCAGCUCAGCGAGAACAGACUUCUCUUCAAGGUCUUUUGCCUUCCAUCUGCCUUCCCUACAUCCACUUUACGUAAUAUGAACAACAAUGGCUGCAGAUGGAUUUCACCCUUAUCCUUCAACCUCAGAAGAUCCAUCUGUAGCUGUAAACCAUUCAGCUUUCAUAUAGCUCAUGGAGAAAAACAAAGAUCAAAUUGAUGUGCUGCUAAUCUCUCUCUCUCCCCAUUUCUGAUUUCUGCCAUAUCAUGUAGCUCAGGGGCUCUUGAUCUUGGGAAUGAGCCAAUUUGUAUCAGUUUAGUUCAGGGCCUUCCUCCAGAAAGCCAGCUGUGACUAUAGACUAGAGAAUAAGGCGGCUGGUUUGUUGUAAAGGCUUUUAAUUAUUGCAGGGCUGACAGCUUUAAUUGGUAGAUCAAUCAACUAAAGCUUUAGUUGAUUUAAUUGGUGGGGGUCAGUUUUGAUCAGUAAAGCUGUGGGUCAGUGGCAGAUCUUAGAUUUCUGAGUCAGUGGAGAGAAGUGGAGCACACCUGAAAGGAAUAAUUCCUCUUCUGGAGGCAGGGUCAAACUUUUAGGGGAAAAGCAGUUGAUGGCCAGCUUGCAGUGGACAGAACCUUCCUCCAGUAUCCAGUCUUGACUCUGCCUUCAGCAAGAGUGCAGAGUAAUCUUUUGGCUCCUGCAUGCUACCACCAUAGGUGCAGGGGCCCAUUUUUGCUAUAUCUUAGUUUUUAUUAGUAGUAGCAGUAAGGCUAUUUUGGUUCUCAUGUACUAC